AUGAAUGAAAAGCACAAAAACUACACCCACCCUGACCAGUUCAACCUUCUGGCUUUUCCCGGCUUUGCAGAUGUGGAGAUGUUACUGUUUAUUCUGGUUCUGUUGAUGUAUCUGCUGGCAGUGCUGGGUAAUUUGAUUAUCAUUGCCCUUAUCUGUGUGGCCCCCCAGUUGCACACACCAAUGUACUUCUUCUUGUGCAACUUGGCAUUUCAGGACAUUGUGUAUAUUUCUGCUAUACAGCCAAAGCUGAUGGCCAUCACCAUAACUGGAGAUCACAGCAUAUCUUUUCCAGGCUGUAUCUCACAGAUAUUUCUGUUUAUAUUCUGUCUAGAUACCGAAUUUUUCCUUCUGACCGCAAUGGCCUAUGAUCGCUAUGUAGCCAUCUGUGUUCCACUGCGCUAUUCUGUCAUCAUGAAUAAAAGCGUUUGUACCUUACUGGCCGUUACAGUUUGGCUACUGGCUGGUUUCAAUGCACUGGUGCACUCUUUGUUAAUAUCAAAUUUAUUUUUCUGCAAAUCCCACGAACUCAAUCAUUUCUUCUGCGAGUUAAAAACCCUGCUUUCUCUUUCCUGCAGUGACAUCACAGCCAAUCUCAUUAUAAUAUUUGUUGAAGGUUUUUUUAUUGGAUUAUUCCCAUUUAUACUCAUUUUUACAUCUUAUAUGUUUAUCAUAUCUGCUGUUUUAAAAAUUCGCUCUCCAGCAGGACAGAUAAAGGCCUUCUCCAGAUGUUCUUCUCACCUUAUAGUUGUGAUACUAUUGUAUGGGACAUCUCUCAGCUUCUACAUGAAACCAGAAUCGGAACACUCCCAGGAGCAAGACAAAAUCCUCUCUAUGGUGUAUGUGGCAGUGGUUCCAGUGCUAAAUCCACUAGUCUACAGUCUGAGAAACAAAGAGGUUCUGAAAGCUUUAAAAAAAACUGGUUUAAACAGAAAACAUUAG